AUGGCCUCCUCCGCGACGCCGUUGGCGACGGACAUGGCCACCAGCUGCGCCAGCAGCUCCAGGGUCACCGGCCGCCUCUUCGCGGACACCGCCCUGCUGAGCUCGCUGACCCUGUCGAACCUGGGCCUCUGCCACCUGAGCGGUGUAGCACCCCAAAGGUCAGCGCCGUGCCGGCGAGGCAGAAGAGGCAGACGCCAGCGCCUGGCAGCGAGCCCCACGGAGGGCCCUCAAGCAGCAGGAUAUGAGGGCCGCCUUGGUCAGCUUGCUGCCGCCCGCGCCGCAGGGGCCCGGGGAUAUGACCGUCUUGGGGAUCGCGCCCAGGACCGCCGCAGGCGCCGCCUGACGGGCCCCAGAAACCCUGAACGCCCCCCGACAACUACAUCUCCUGAAAGGCGACUUGGAUUACAUCCGCCGGCCUGGGAGGAACCCCGCCGGGGCUUCCGGCGGGACGGCCCGCGUCGCCAUCUUCCCGGACCCCCCGACGUCAUGGACUCUUCCUGA